UAUCUUUUCACCAGGCGCCUUCAUUGUAUUUCUUCUCAUGAGCAUAAUAUAGCUGUGAGUGGAGGUUGGGGCUGGUAGAACGCGCAGAUCUAUUAAAAGACAAGUUGUGCUUGAACAUUGUGCGAUUCUGAGUCAGUGCGCGCAAACUUGAAUCUUGAAACUUUCGGGUCAACGAUGUUGUUUUGAGUCGUUGUGUUAUCAAUAGUCGAUUGCAUAGCCUACAAGGUUCCGCUGUUCAGUUGCACCGGCGUUGUUCAUACGUUCAACAGACUGUUUCAGAGCGUCGUUUUUUGAAAAUAUUUUUCAAUUCAAAUAAGUUUUUUGAAAAUACUGUUUUAUUUAUUUCAAAGUUAAAUUUAGUUCAUUGAAAAGUGAGAUAGUGUGUGAGAGUUUGUUCUAUUGUUUCCGUCAAAAUGGAGAGAGACGAGAUCAAAGUGAAUUUGAACGGAGAUUCCUAUUCAACAGAAAAAUGCAUGAUAACACAUCAGAGCGAAUUACCUCUAUUAAUGUCGAGUGAGAAUGAUGGAAAAUUGCAAAAAGAGGAAGAAGGAGAUGAUCUUCACCCUGGAGUAAAACAUCCUACUUCAUAUGUUGAGACUCUGAUAAACCUGAUAAAAGGAAAUACAGGAGCUGGCAUGUUUGCAAUGGGUGAUGCUUUCAAAAAUGCUGGACUCUUGGUUGGUCCAAUACUGACAGUAAUACUUGGAAUAAUAUGCGUUUAUGGUAAUCAUAUACUGGUAAACUGUUCAGUAGCGAUAAGAGAGAAGAAAAAGAUGAAGAAGCCGCUAGCUUUUGCAGAAACUGUGCAGAUUUGCUUUGAAGAGGGGCCGAAGUUCGCUCGACCUUGGGCGAAUACUGUCAGGAUAUGUACUUAUGUGUUUAUCACUAUAACGCAGCUAGGAUUUUGCUCAGUUUAUUUCGUUUUUAUUUCAUCGACCCUAGUGAAAAUACUGGUUCCAUAUGGAAUAAACAUAGCAGCUCACACUUACAUGACAAUGAUUUUGUUGCCGAUAUUGGCCACAGCGCUGAUUCGCAAUUUGAAGUUCCUGACGCCAAUCUCGUCUCUGGCCAAUUUAUCGCUUGGAUCCGGAGUUUUGCUGACUCUGUUCUUUGCCAGCCGUGACCUUCCACCUCUGGCCACCAGGAGAAUGGCAGCUGACUGGAAACAACUUCCCUUAUUUUUUGGCACUACUGUCUACGCUUUCGAGGGUAUCAGUUUAGUCCUUCCACUACAAAAUGAGAUGAAGAACGCGAAGAAAUUCGAUACAAAGUUUGGAGUGCUGAAUAUGGGUAUGACAGUGGUGUGUGCCAUCCUUAUCUCCAUUGGAUUUGUCGGCUACCUCAAGUAUGGAGAUGAUGUGAAAGGCAGUCUAACAUUGAACUUGGAAGGAACUGGGUUGUUUUCUGAGAUAGUGCAGCUGAAUAUUUGUUUUGGAAUACUGCUAUCCUACACUCUCCAGUUCUAUGUUCCAAUAAAAAUUAUCUGGCCGCAUGUGGAGAGAAAAUUUGCUCCAAUGAAGCAUCCCGUGCUCUGUGAGAAACUAUUCAGAACAGCAUUUGUGAUUGGAACAUAUUUCGUAGCUCUGACUGUGCCGCACCUGGGCCAUUUCAUCUCCCUGAUUGGUGCAGUGUGCGGCACCACUCUGGCCCUCAUUUUCCCUCCAAUCUGCGAUCUGGUCAUCAGAUGGCCGUCCGAUUUCGGAAAACUGAAAUGGCGUUUGAUUCUGGACAUUUUCAGCCUUCUGGUGGCUGCCAUCGGUCUAGUCACUGGAGUCUACUAUAGUUUAGAAGCAAUCUUCGAUGCCUACUCGAACACCACGUAGUGAAACGCUCAGAAUUCACAGAAUGCAGUAAACUAUUGAUUGAUUAUAGCUGCCUCUAUUAAAAACCUAGGAGGGUGAAGUUAGGGCGCAGCCUGUCCUCUCUUACACUUAACCCUCUUACACUCAAACUAUUUUGUGAGAAUGAAAAACAACUCUGUGAGAAAAUAAUAGAAAACGUUCAAAAUAAUUUGUCAUGAACGUAAUGAUAAAAUGAAUAUCAGUGUAGAACAAUACUACUCAAGAGUAUACUAUUAUACUUUGUGAGAAAAUAAUAUAAAUAAGAGUUCAAAAUAAUUGUCAUGGACUUAAUGAGAAUAUUAAUGUCAUUGUAGAACAAUGCUAGCCAAGAGUAUAUUAUUAUACUCUUUCAGUAGAUAAUAGAAAAAGUUCAAAAUGAUUGUCAUGAACGUGAUGAGAAAAUUAAUGUCAUUGUAGAACAAUGCUAGCCAAGAGUAUAUUAUUAUACUCUUUGAGUAGAUAAUAGAAAACGUUCAAAAUAAUUGUCAUGAACGUGAUGAGAAAAUUAAUGUUAUUGUAGAACAAUUUUACCUGAGAGUAUACUGUUAUACUCUAAUACUCUGAAAAAAUAAUGAAAAUCGUUCAAAAUAAAUAAAUAAUUGUAAUGGAAAAAUGAAUGCCAUCGUUCAAAAUGACAUUUUCUCCUCCUCAUCACUAGGAACAGAACGUGGUAAUACUUUUAUUGGAACAGUAUGAAAUCGAAAUCGAUCUACAUCAAAACUGCAAAUUUGAAAACAAACCGUGUAUAGUUAAUGAAUAAAUAGAUGAAUGUUUAUUUCCCAAAAAAACUGAAACUACUACAUCAAUUACAGAAAAUAUUAGACAGUCUACAAUUACAUACAAUAGUUAGUUUCAGAAAUUUCUUAUAAUGUGUCUUCUACAUGUUUAGUGUUUUCUGUGUGGAAAUUGACCUACUCCACUAUGGCCUACCAUGUUCUAGAGUAGUUUGCGAAAUCUCAAUCAUUACAAAGAUAUCGAUGAAAUAGCUCAUUAACAACUGCAGUUAACUACUACAACAGAAUAAAUCUUUAAUGAGUUUUAUAAUAAGUAUUUAAAAUAACUGUGACUCGAAAACAGUACUUGACACCAUACUAAUCAAUUGAAACUUUGUUGUCUUUGAAAAUUGAAGAUUGUGAUUAAAAAUUGAUAAUAUUUAAUUAUUAAUCUAAAUCUACUAUAUUGAAUUUGACUAGGGUCACAACUAUAUAGGGACUCAAAUAAUAUAAAAGAGAAGUUUUUCUUUUUAAAGAAACAUUUUAAAGACAUGUUUUUCCACUUAAAAGUUAUAUUAAAAUACAAUAGUUAUAAAAAAACGCUUUAUUCAAGAACUACUUCAUAAUAUGUUGGCAGUUUUAUUGUUGCCAUACCUAAAAUACAAUUAAAUCUACACAAAAAUUGUUGUUUUAAAAAUCAUAAAUUGAAAUAACUAUGUGAACGCUCUAGAAAAUAAGCAGCUAUUAAUGAAUAAUUGUUAAUUAUAGUUUGCCCCUUCCAUGUGAGGAAGACUUGUCUCGGUAUCAAUUUGCAUACUUGAAUCAUUCCAGAAAAACAAUUGUUUACCACUAUGCCAUUCAAACUAACUACAAAUGUCUACAAAGUCCAUUAAUGAUUGGGAAUAACUUAGAUUUAUGAAUCUUAUAUUUUAGUGAAUUUUAUGUAUUUGUCAGGUACCUGAACUAGAAGCACUAGAUAGUGUAGUAUGUAAAAAAUGUAAUAAUUUUUAAUAUAUUAGUCAUUUAAGAUUCUCAUUGUACGAUCUAUUCGUUAAGAAAAUAAACGAAA